CUUCCAAUUAUCAUUAAAAAAUGGGUUUAAAAAACUGUAAACCCUGCAAAUCAAAGAAAAAAUCAAAUUUUACUGGUGGAUCCAUCUUGGAUCGGGUCAUCAGUCAAUCCUCAAAUGAAGACCAAUGUCUCCUUUACAAACUGGCAAACUACAAAAAAGGUGGCGAGUUAAUAGAAGCUUAUAACUUGGGAGGACAAAUCGAAGUGGAGAAACUAAUCAAGGAACAGUUUGGUCAGUUCAUGUACAACGAUGGUAAAGGCCAAAUCAUCAACAGAUCCGAGUAUCUACGCUGGAAGUUCCGAGAUUGUGAGCAAGUGGUCCUCCCGAUUGAAGCGAGUCUCUCCCCUCAUGACCCUCUUGCAAAAUGGGAGGACCACGAAGCAUGUUGGCAGAUGCAAUAUCGCGGGUCCCUGGGUGAAACCCUAAUCCAUGUCCUCAUUAUCUGCGAUACCAAGAUCCACACGAGAAUAGCCCGGACCUUGAUUAGAUGUUUUGCAAAACUGGCCCUGGAUGUGGUUGAAGGUGAAGAAUAUUUAGGAGCAGGGGCCUUGCACCUUGCAAUUGCUUACAGUAACAAUGAACUGGUCCAGGACCUCAUUGAAGCAGGAGCUAACGUCAACCAGAGAGCCACAGGUAAUCAAUAUUACCCCCGGGACCAACAACGUGACAAACCCGCGAAACUCACUGAUUACGAAGGGUUGGCAUACCUGGGAGAAUAUCCCCUGGCAUGGGCCGCGUGCUGCGCUAAUGAAAGUGUCUAUAAUCUUUUACUGGACUUUGAUGCCCAUCCUGACCUUCAGGACAGUUUUGGUAACAUGAUUCUACACAUGGUUGUCGUCUGCGAUAAACUGGACAUGUUUGGUUAUGCAUUGCGACAUCCAAAGUUGCCCGCCCGUAACGGAAUAGUAAACACUGCUGGUUUGACCCCGUUAACUUUGGCGUGUAAACUUGGUCGUGCGGAAGUUUUCAACGAGAUGUUGGAGUUGUCUGCGAGAGAAUUCUGGAGAUACAGUAACAUAACCUGUUCUGGUUACCCUUUGAAUGCUUUAGAUACGUUGUUACCAGAUGGCAGGACUAAUUGGAAUUCUGCGUUGUUUAUUAUCCUGAAUGGAACCAAACAAGAGCAUUUAGACAUGUUGGAUGGUGGUAUUAUUCAAAGACUACUCGAGGAAAAGUGGAAAACCUUUGCAAGAAAUCAAUUCUUGAAACGUCUGUUAAUUCUCCUCGUACAUCUUUUAUUUCUCUCGGGAGCUGUGUACCUUCGACCUGAUGACCCUGAUGAACCCCUAUUAAGGUCAACAGAUGACCCUGUGGUAAUUUGCAGAUAUGUAGCAGAGAUAGGGACUGUUUUAGGGGUUCUAAGCUACUUAAUUCUACAACAAGGCGAUGAAAUCAAAAACCAAGGUCUUUGGACCUUUCUAAAACAACAAUGGGCUUCACCUCCAAAGGUCAUCUUCCUGGUUGCUAACUUUUUGAUCCUUGCUUGUAUCUACUACCGGUUAAAAGGAGAUAGAACCAUGGAGGAAGCACUUUUAUUGAUUGCAGUCCCUGGGAGUUGGUUCCUACUCAUGUUUUUUGCUGGGGCUGUUAAGUUGACUGGACCUUUUGUGACAAUGAUCUACAGCAUGAUAACUGGUGACAUGUUGACUUUCGGAAUAAUUUACUCAGUUUUCCUAUUUGGGUUCUCCCAAUGCUUCUAUUUCUUGUAUAAAGGUUUUCCUGGAGUUAAGAACACCCUGUAUAGCAGUUACCCAACAACUUGGAUGGCCCUCUUUCAAAUAACCCUUGGAAAUUAUGAUUAUUCAGAACUGUCAAAUACUUCUUACCCUGCAAUGGCGAAAGCAGUAUUUGCCCUUUUUAUGGUCUUUGUCCCCAUUUUACUCCUAAACAUGUUGAUCGCCAUGAUGGGCAACACCUACGCGCAUGUCAUUGAACAAAGCGAAAAAGAAUGGAUGAAGCAAUGGGCAAAAAUCGUCAUAAGUCUAGAAAGGGCCAUUCCCCAAGCAGAUGCCCAUCACUACCUUCAAGAAUACAGCAUAGGUCUUGGUCCCAGUGAUGAUCCCAAAUAUGAACAACGUGGAGUGAUGGUUAUCAAAAGUAAGAGUAAAACUAGAGCAAAACAACGUAAAGGUGCUGUACUCAACUGGAGAAAAGUGUGCAAGGUGACCUUGACAGCAAUGAAACGUAAAAAGAUGACCGGGGAGGAGAUGAGGUGUCUUAUGUGGGGCAGGGAGAGUAUUAACACUCCUGUGAAGAAAAACACUAGACCCAAAGGUGGAGAUCCUUUGUUGGACCCAAUGGGACCAAGUAUUAUGGGAGGGUUUGAAGGGGCCCUUAGUGCUACCCUAGAGGUUAUUAGUUUUGCACAUGAUGUUAAUGUUGUUGGGAAUGGACCACCACCUGCACCAACACCAACACCUGGUCCUGGAGUAGUACCUAAUUUACUUGCAGUACCUGGAAUAGGUCCUACUAAUGCCACAACACCUAAAGGUGAUACUCCUAAGACCCUUUUAUCACCUACACCUCUAACUGACAUAGCAAUGUUGGAUACCUUAACCCAACUAGCCCCAGUUGCUUCUCCCCAGUUAGUAACCCAAAUGACCAUGAUCCCACAAGUCAUACAAAGUCCCCAACCUCAAAUCCCAACAAUUUCCGCAAGUAUUCAAUCAGAAGACCCUCUUAGGGACCUUAUCUUCAUGUCUAUGACAACUUCCGAGGAAAAGUACCUGCUUUCCCAACUUGCUAAACAAGCAGCAACCCCAUCUGCAGAUACCAACAUGAUUCCAACACCUGGUCAAACCCAAACUUCAUCAUCCGCGAAAUCCCUAGCUGGGAUCUUCGCAGGUACCGAAUCCUUCGUCAAAAAAGUCGAAACAACCGUAAAGAAAAAAUACACCGCCUUAGACCCAUCAGACAGUGAUGGUCCUGGUGAAGUCCCACUCCUCGGAAGGGUCUCACGUAUAAAACGAGCUAAAAGUGCAACACAACGUAAAUCAGCUGGUAAAAUACGUCCCACAACAUCAGACAAGAAAAAACUCCUCACAAGUGACUCAAGUUCAGUUGACACUGUGGUAAACAUCAGAGUAGAACCCAAAAAGACAGGUUAUGACAACAAAGCUAUCGAAUUAGACGACGCAGACCUCCGAAUGAAAUAUUUAAAGACAAACAUCAAAGAUUAUGAGAAUAUCCGUCCUAUUAACCUAGACGCGGCUGUCAAAGAAGGACCAAGCCCAAAAGGAGAUAUCAAAACUGAUGUGGUCAAGGUCGAAGGUUCCGGGGCAGGUGUUGACAACCAAGCAGUACCCAAACGUGCAAAAAGACCCAAAACAGCUAAAAAUAACAGAGUUUCACCAGCAGCGCCACCUGGAACCCGCGGCUGUCAAUCAGCUGUCAAACAAACAAGCCCAGGAAGCACAGAAAGUGACCCAGAUCCUCUCGAACCAUGGAGUACAAAAAACAUUGCAAGUAUGAAUACAAUACUUGCAUGGGAAACAGAUGAUAACCUAUAAAAUCAUUUCCCAAACAUACAAUGUGUCCGUAGAAUUAAUAUUUAAACUUUAAUCAAUAACAACCGUAUUGGUUUAGUUACGAAAUUAAUCUAUGCUUGUCCAACAUUAAAUUUCUAAUUACACGGGUUAAUUAUAGUCCAUAGUUGAAUAUUUCGUCGUAGGGGGCGUGGCUAGUAACAUUAAACUAGAUUUAAAUUAUUCCGCGCGACAUUUACACCGAAAUCAAACGCUAAAAUUAUCUAUUGUGUCAUCGGCGAAUAAUUACAACGUUAUAAUUUGUAAUAUUAACAUUCAGAUGACAUCAUGUUAUGCAAAUGCAACACGUGCGCGUGUAACGGGUUGCCUAUGAUUGCUUUAUCGUGUAUACGCGAUGAAAAACAUGAUGUUUUCUGCGAUUUUUAUCUUGUUUGCAUCGCGAGUUGUUGUUGCGUCGCCUGUCGGUGUGAAAUGUGUGUAUUUGCUCGGACGCAAUGCGAAUGUUAUUAACACGAAGCGUUGCUAGUUGUUUCUUGAUCAGAAUCGAGUGCGCGAAUGUUGCGAGUGCGCGUGUCAAGUGAAAAAGUCAACGCUAUUCAAUUGACUAGUUAAUAGUUUUAAUAGAAAUCAGUUUAUAUAAAUUUAAAGCCGCCAUUUUGUUAUUGGAUAUUUUAAAGUUAAUUUGUAAGUAAUUUUAUUGUUGAUAAUAAUUAAUGAUGUAAUAUUUCCGCUUUUGAAUUUGAAUUGUAAUUUUGCAUAUGAUAUUUGUGAGUGUCAAGGUGAACGACGUGAAUUUAAAUUAAUUAAUAAAUUAGCAUAUUUGAUGCGUGCGGCUGCGUUUUGCGCUAGACUUUCAUCCAUAU